CCGUGGGAAAGCUUGUCGGUUCAUACGGAUGAACUUCUGCCUCACCUGACACACGCUGCGGAUACGCUCUGUAAGAUUAUCGAAAAAUGAAGAGAAAUCACGAUUUUAGCUCCUCAGACAGCGAGCUCGAUGAGAACAUCGAAGUGGAGAAGGAGAGUGCUGACGAAAAUGCCAGCGUGAAUUCUCCCCUCGGAUCAGUGUCUCCAUCCACAACCUCUCAAGUGCAAGCGAGAAAACGUCGCAGAGGGAUCAUUGAGAAGCGCCGCAGGGACCGGAUAAAUAACAGUCUGUCUGAGCUGCGCAGGCUUGUGCCCAGCGCGUUUGAGAAACAGGGCUCUGCUAAACUAGAAAAAGCUGAAAUUUUACAGAUGACUGUAGACCAUUUAAAGAUGCUUCAUGCAGCUGGUGGAAAAGGUUACUUUGAUGCUCAUGCUCUGGCCAUGGAUUACCGUGGGUUGGGUUUCCGCGAAUGUCUGGCGGAGACGGCACGUUACCUCAGUAUCAUCGAGGGCCUGGACAACACCGACCCCCUCCGCAUCCGCCUGGUUUCACACCUGAACAGUUACGCCUCCCAGAGAGAAGCUCAUUCAAGUUUGGGCCACUUAGCGUGGGGCUCUGCGUUUGGGACGCCGCCCGGACAUCUGGCUCACCACCUCCUCCUGCAGCAGCCGCGCAGCACCAGCAGCCCUCCAUCCUCCAGUUCUUCAUCGCCCUCCUCCUCAUCUCCAUCCGCCCCCUCCACAGAGCCGCACACCCCCAGCAGGCUGACUGGCACAGUGAUUACUGAGGCAGGGCGGACAGGUCCACUGCGGGUGCCGCCCAAUACCUCCCUGCCCCCUGGGCUCACACCACCUACUACAUCCAAGCUUUCUCCACCCCUCCUGACGUCACUUUCGAGCCUGUCGGCGUUUCCCAUCCCGCUGAGCGCAUUUCCUCUUCUGUCCCCGAGCUCGCUGGGCCCCGUGACUCCCUCCAGCAGCCUGGGGAAGCCCUACAGGCCUUGGAGCAUGGAAAUAGGGGCCUUCUGAACUCAAAAACUUGAACACUGUGGACAGACAGUCAGUUAGAAAUGACUCAUUUUCUGUAACAUCUGACUAUUUUGAAGAGAUGGACAGAACCGCAGACUUGUACAAAGGGAAAAAUCGAAUACAGAUCUGAUGUACUUAUUCUAAUUACCCUGUCCUGUCUCGGUUUGAGCAGAGAUGAGUUCUGGAGAUGGUCGGGCUCUCGCACAUCAGUUUUGAGCAAAUCUAGUUCUUUUGUCCAUCAGUGGAGCAAGGUAUGCUAAUAGAGAGAGAGAGAGAGAGAGAGAGAGAGAGAGAGAGAGAGAGAGAGAGGGGUAAUUUGGAGCAAAAGCAGAUGAGAUGCAUCACUAAAUGGGUGUUAAUGGAGUUAAACUCAAACCAGAUGUCCAUUUAAAGGGACAGUUCACCCCAAAAUUUAAAUUUUGUCAUCAUUUACUGACCCUCUUGUCAUCUUUCUUCUGUGGAAGAUAAUAGAAGAUAUUUUGAAGAUUGUUGGUAGCCAAACAGUUCAGGACUUCCAUUGUAUUUUUUUAGCCAUACUAUGGAAGCCAGUGGGACCCAAAACCAUUGGGUUACCAACAAUCUUCAAAAUAUCUUCUUUUAUCUUCCACAGAAGAAAAAAAGUGUUAUAGGAAUAACAUUAUGGUAAAGGAAAUUAUAACAUAAUUUUAUUUUUGGUGAACUAUCCCUUUAAUUAUGUUAAAAAUAGUAAAGGAGUGCUUUGAUCACAUUAAACAUAUAUUUGCAUCCUAAAUUGUCUCCUUCAGAAUAUAAAAGUCUGGGUUUGUGAGAGAAUGAAAUCAGACUUAGUUUUUUUAGUUUCCACGAAAUUGAAAUACUAUGCAAUGAAGAUGACAUUGGUUUUUGCAGUUUUCCCUCUGCAAAUGCAUAUGAAACCUAUGCAACUGAAUCUGUAUUAGUCAGCUGAACUUGAUGAGUACUUUUUAUUUUUAUAAAGAUUUUAAGUCAUUUUGGUCAGACCUGUGGUGUGUGUUUGUUUAAAAUGUUAUGAAUUUGCAGGGACAGACCACUGUUCAACCUUUACAGAGACAAUCUAGAUAGACAAUCUCUCAAAACUGCACUAAUUGAAUUGUAGCAAAGGCACUCUUGGGUUUGUUCCUAGUAGAGUUGUUUACUCACAUGCAUAUGUUCCCCCUUCAUGCAACAAAUCAUCUCUCUCUCUCUCUCUGUCUCUCUCUUAGUUACUUGAGGGGUGUUUUGGAAAACCAGAUUGUUUUGUGGUAAUAUGGAAUUUGCACUGGCAAAUCAGAUGAGACUAGGGGAAUAGAUAGUACUGGAAGAGAUGGUGUGGUACUGUGCCUGUCCCUCACUAACCUGUGUGACUUUCCUGUAAUAAAAUAAGUGUAGAUUGUAACCCUGGA